AUGUUAGCUCCGGGAUCGGGCAAUGUGAGUCUGCGGACUGUCAGUUCAAGUAGACCGCAGAUGAUACACACCGAGGAUCAACAAUCCAGCUCCAGCGCAAGGUCUCGGACGAGUGGCAGUCGAGUCAAUGUCGUGCGCUAUGCAACCCCCAACUCUCGACCUGCAUCCCGUCCUCCUUCCCCUAGCAUAUCAAGAACGCAUCUCGCCCCGCCGGUGGCUGACUCCUCGAGCGACAACAGAAUCUUCCUGACACCCGCAGAAGUUCACCUGAACCCCAUCUACGCGGGACGCCCACCAACUCCUGGGAUGGACGACUCGCCUUAUAUUCAUUUCGCCAUUAGCCAGCUGACGCGUGAUGAGGAAGUGGCGGGCCCUAGGAGGAGAAGUUCGAUCCCGCUGCUCUGGGAUGAUGGCUUAGGUUGCUUCAUCCGCUCACAUGGACCUUCCUCACCUCCGGACGUCAGACACCGGCCGAAAUCUCCUAUCUCCGCAAGAAGGUCGCCCCAGAAGUCGGUUGACCCAGAAUCUUUCAUUCCAGUGGAUCCCCCAGAGGAAAGCCUACUCUACCCUGCAUUGGACUAUGUGCCUCCUGUAUUGCGCACAUGGGCACUGGCCGCCCUCACAAUCUGCUGCUUGCUCAUGAUUGCCGGAAUUAUUUUCUGCAAUGUCUGGUCCCCAAGGCAUCAAGGACUUUGGGACUAUGAGAGACAGGGUGGUGCCCAUUACUUCAUUCUAGGCAUGUUUAUCACCAUCUGGACUUUCGUGGUUCAGGCUGCCGUUUACCGCACCAUGCCUUUUGCUAUCAUGGCAUCGGAGCGGCCGUACGACCGCAUUCUGCAGAGGCUGCCAGUCACGUCACGCAACUUCAUUCUACCUGAUUUCUCACAUUUUCGGCAUGGAGAGGCGCUAGUUGGAUUCUCUUUGCUCUCAAUGUGGCUCUCAAGUUUCAUCGCAUUGCCGCUCCUGAGUUGUUUGUUCCAGGCCAAGUGGUAUGAAAUUAACGGCCAAGGCACGUGGCGAUGGGCCUCCGUUCUGGCUGUGGGCUGGACGCUGGUGGCAGUUUACGGACUGACGACUAUUGGGCUGAUUUUGCUCAUGCUUCGCUUUUUUCGUACAUGGUCAGGCUUAAUGUGGGAUCCUGUCAGCCUGGCGGAUCUCAUUUCGGUGAUUCAACGGUCAAACAUUCUGCAUGACUUCGAACAGUCCGAAACAUUGCCGCAGGUUGGGAAUUCUCUCGAGCCCCGGCUCCUUCGACUGGGUUAUUGGCAAUUAUCAAAUCGCGGCGAGUUCUUCUAUGGUAUUGGCGAGGCUGAUGCCCCGAUCCGAACACCAUCCCUUCACCACCUGGAAAAGAAUCUUCAGAUGCAGUCGCACGGGCUGUCCAAGGUCUCAGUUGAUCUUGAGCGCCAGGGUAUGGCCGAAAAGGGCGAAUACCACGAGAAUCUAUACACUCCUUCUGUUCGCUACCGCUGGAUUCCAUGGUUUCUCAAGGAUACAUAUGUGAUAGCUUGGACGGUAAUCAUAUGUGCUUUGUUCGUCGCUUUCGUACUGGUUAGCUUCAUUCAUGACGCCAUCCGAGGAGGCUUCCCCCCACGGUUGCCCACAUUGCCUUCCACCGGCGGCUUUUCGUCUUCCAACUUCUGCUACAGCUUUGUGCCGGCUCUUAUCGGCAACGUCUUUUUUCUCGCAUGGCAGCCCAUCGACGUCUUCUUUCGUGCGUCGCAACCCUUCGCCUCUUUGUCGUCACCCAACGGUGCACGUGCAGAGGAGAGCCUGUUACUGGCGUAUCCGUCGCAUCUUCCGUUCCAGGUGACUAUCCUGGCUGUCGCCAACAAGCACUACAAAGUGGCUUGGAUCUCGUUCAUGAGUAUUGCGUCUGCCGCCAUUCCCAUUCUCGCCGGAGGCGUUUUCAUUGCGUUGAAUUACCCGUCCGAACACGCAAUCAAGAUUGCAGCAUCAAUGCCUGCUUUCUACGCGAUGGUGGUCUUCUGUGCUCUCUAUACUGUGUCCUUCUUGUGUAUCUGGCCUCGCCGUCAACGCCACCUCCCUCACGAUAUUAGCACGCUGGCCGAUCUGAUCAGCUUCCUCUACCAGAGCCCACUCCUCGCCGACAAGAUCUUGCGUGAGCCGAGGAGCAAAGCAGACCUGGUCACGCGACUGGUUGUCGCACCACCCGGGGACCGCGAGCAUUCUGUCGUAAACCUGCCUCUUGAAGACACGGUGGCAUCAUUGUUCUUUAGCUCCUAUCUCUAUUCACCCAAAGAUCCACUGAUUCGGGAAGGGUUCAUGGAAAUGGUGCCCCAUGCUUACGCAAACGCCCAGCCUGGGUCGCACUUGAAACUCAUCACGUUGGCGGUGUCUUUCUUCUCGGUGUCUGCGUGGACGGGCAAUAGGUCAUAUCUCCGAACCGCCGAACACCUGUGCGUGCAAGCGAUAUCUAAAACUAGAGAAGCGAUUCAAGGCGACAUCGACCGGAACCAGGAUGAGAUUCUGAUGACGGUGCUCUUGCUCUUAAUUUAUGAGGAAUUCUCAGCUAUGAAGGAGCGCAGGGCCCCAGGCAAGACACAUUUACGGGGCGCAAUUGCGUUGAUAAAUAGUCGGAGUCAAGAUCAGCGGGAGACGGACCUCUCGAUAACGUUGGAAAAUGCAGUACAUGCACAACUUAUCAAAACAACCAAAGGGCUCGCGUAUCCUGUCAUGCAGACCCCCAAGGUCUGGCCGCCCGCGCCAGUUGCGCCCGAGUCUGCCUCAACUCAACUGUUGAUGGCCACAUCUGACCUGGUCAGCCUGCGACAAGCAUGGGACAAGCUUGUCUUGGACCAUCCAGCCGCCAAUGUCACCGAGCUCGAGGAGAUCCUCGCUCGGGCGAGGCAUCUGGACACCAAACUUGUAGCUUGGACACACGCCCUCCCCUCGCACUGGCACCCCGUCUCCGCCACCAUGAUAUCGGAUUCCAUCCGCAAGGCAGGCAUGUACAAGAACCGUUGUGACUGCUACGCGGACAUCUGGAUCGCCAGCACCUGGAAUUUCUACCGCGACUCGCGCAUUGUCAUCCAGAACAUCAUCCUCGAUUGUCUGCGCCUCCUUCCGCCGCCCAUCCGCACAGACGACAUUCAGAGCGCCCUGGACACCAUCCAAGACCUUGCUACCGGCAUCUGCGCCACCAUCCCAUACUUCCUUGGAAGCCAGUCGAAGCCGGCCCAGAUGGGCAUGGAGAAGAUCGACUAUCCCGAGGCGGAUGCACGCCGGGUCACCGCGGGCCACCGUCAGACAUCGCCACUUUUGGGAGGAUGGCUGGCGUCCACGAAUCUGUUCAAUAUGACCAUGCUACCUUUGACGGAUGAGCUACAUGCUUGGAUCUUGGAACAGAAGCAGCGGCACCACCGCCACCACAACCAACAAUACAACCCUCUCAAAAUGGGCCUCCUCCGCUCCUUCAUCCCCGACCAACAAAAACCCUCCACCGCAUCCGACACCGACACCCCCUCCGACCAAACCCCCACAAACACCAACACAACCCCCUCCUCAUCCCGCCCAGCAAUAGAAGAAUUCGACCCUCCGCUCCCCAAACUCUGGACGCCGCAAACGAACCUCAAACUCCUCCUCGGCGGCACCGCCUUCCUCGCCCUGAGCCUGCUCACCACCCGCCGCGCGAUCAGCCGCCGCCGCCUCGCCGCCAUCCCGCCCUUCUACACCAGUGCGCCCUACCACAAGCCCACGGUCAGCGGGGGCGUCGAGGCGUUCGAGGCGCUCAACCUGGCCACGCUGAAUGUGCUGGCGUUCGCGAUGAUGAGUACCGGGGGCGUGCUGUACGCGAUGGAUAUCAAUAGUGUCGACGAUAUGCGGCGGUAUGUGCGGCGGGGGUUGGUGGAGGGGGAUCAGGAGAUGGAGAGGGAGGUGGAGGCGUGGGCGGCCAAGGUGCUGGGGGAGAAGUUUGGGCGGGAGUUGAGGGCGCAGCGGGAGAGGGAGAUGGAGGAUGCUAGGGGUUUGGUGGAUGGGGAGGGGAAGAAGGAGGAGUGA